UAAAGGCAGAUUUCUUGCCUCCUCUUUUGCCCUCCAAAGAGGAGGCCGAUCAGGGAGAAAGGAUGGCCAAUUAAUACAAGAUCUACUGCAGGAACCCUAGGAUUAAUUAGUAGCUUAACGAGCGGCAAAGAUGCCUGUGUCACGGGGCGGCAAGGCCGCUUCAUCGAAGCCGGACCCCUUCGAUUCCGACUCCGACUCCGAGCUGACCUCCAAGCCGGCCGCCAAGAAGUCGUCGUCGUCGUACUCGGCGCCCGGCGCGGCGGCGAAGAGGCAGUACAAGAACGACUUCGGCGACUCCGGCGGGCUGGAGAACCAGUCGGUGCAGGAGCUGGAGAACUACGCGGCGUACAAGGCCGAGGAGACCACCGACGCGCUCGCCGGCUGCCUGCGCAUCGCAGAGAACAUCAAGGAGGACGCCGCCAACACGCUCGUCACCCUCAACAAGCAGGGCCAGCAGAUCAGCCGCACCCACGAGAAGGCCGUCGACAUCGACCAGGACCUCACCAAGAGCGAGUCGCUUUUGGGGAGCCUUGGAGGGUUCUUUUCCAAGCCAUGGAAGCCCAAGAAAACCAGGCAGAUCAAGGGGCCAGCCUAUGUCUCUCGAGAUGAUUCAUUCAAAAAGAAGGCAAACCGCAUCGAGCAGAGGGAUAAGCUAGGGCUGAGCCCACGCGGGAAGUCGGCUAAUCGCAGCUACGACGAGCCCACCAGCGCCAUGGACAAAGUUCAGAUAGAGAAGCAAAAGCAGGAUGAUGCCCUAGAUGAUAUCAGUGGUGUGCUGGGGCAGCUCAAGGGCAUGGCUACCGACAUGGGUUCAGAGCUUGAUAGGCAAAACAAAGCACUGGAUGAUCUGCAGGACGACGUGGACGAACUCAACUCCAGGGUGAAAGGAGCCAACCAACGUGCGCGCAAGCUGGUCAGCAAAUAGUCUGGAAACAUUGGAGCAUCACCUUGCUUUGAUCUGCAGCGCAAGGGGAAGUUUUUUAGAGUCCUCACUGGCACAGCUUCUGCUUAACAAAUUAACCGGGUUUUGUUUGCAUUUGUUGAGGGCAUAUUAUUUUCGAUCUCUUAAUGUAAACGAUGUUUUUUUUACCAUCGCCACGACCAAAGUUGUAUACUGUAUGUACAGAUGUGAGAAAAGGGGAAAUUACAUACUGUUAACUUUAAAAUAUUGCCUGUUACUAGAACAUUAGGUGAACGUCCUUAUGGAAUGACGGCAAAUGCCGUUUUGGGGAAAACUACUGAUUUGGGUAAAUUAUCUGCA